AUGCUCUCACCCGCCAACCUCACAUGCCUCCUCCACUCCAUGUGCGACCCCCCCUCUCUCAUACGCCACUCCCAUGCUCUGUUCUUCUGCUGUCGUCUUUUCUGCUGCCACCUCUCCUGCGACCCCGUUUCCUGCUGCUCAGUCCCCUUCUACUCCCGUUUCUACCUUAUCGCUUCUCUUCGUUCACCCAGCAUGCUAUCACACAACAAUCUCACACGCCCUGUACCUCCUUUAGACCCUCUCCCUGCCAUCGCCACCAUCUCCCUCCCCUCCCCUCCCAGCAUGCUAUCACACAACGAUCUCACACGCCCUGUGCCUCCUUUAGACCUUCUCCCUGCCAUCGCCACCAUCUCCCUCCCCUCCACUCCCAGCAUGCUAUCACACAACGAUCUCACACGCCCUGUGCCUCCUUUAGACCCUCUCCCUGCCAUCGCCACCAUCUCCCUCCCCUCCCCUCCCAGCAUGCUAUCACACAACGAUCUCACACGCCCUGUGCCUCCUCGAGACGCGCUCCCUGUCCUGCUUCCCUCUCUCACCCCCUCUCCUUUCCCCACCCUCCCUCUCUCCCCUACCAGUAUGCUAUUAGACAAUGAUCUCACGGGCCCUGUACCUCCACUAGACGCCCUCCCUGCCAUCGCCACCAUCUCACUCUUCCACAACCACUUCACCCACAACAAACUCACGGGCCCCGUGCCUCCUCUAGACAUGCUCCCUGCCAUCGCCACCAUCUCCCUCUUUGAUAACCAUUUCACCCGUGCGCCUGCUGCUCUGCUCAGCAACGAAAACGUCACUCUGCAGCUAUACGGCAAUGAUCUCUGUGUGCCCUAUCGCCCUGCAGCCACUGCAGCCUGCUCGCCUCCUCUCGGCUUCAUGCAGUACCAGCCCCCUCCCAUUUGCGACGACCUCUCCUGCCCCUCUCUCUACGCGCCCAGCCCACCCCUGCUCGCGCUGACCAAUGCCUGUAUGCUAUACGGCAACGACCUGUGUGUGCCCUACCGCCCUGCAGUCAGUGCCGCUUGCUCGCCUCCUCUUGGCUUCAUGCAGUACCAGCCCCCUCCCAUUUGCGACGACCUCUCCUGCCCCUCUCUUUACGCGCCCAGCCCACCCCUGCUCGCGCUUACCAACGCCUGUGUGUGCGUCUCGCCGCUAGAGGUGGAGUUGAAGCUCACUGCGCCGCAGUAUGCGGUGUUUAAUGAUGAACUCGCGAGUCUGCUUGUAGAGAGGAUUGCGGGGAGCUUAGGGAAGAAUGGAAUCGGCAUAUCGACGGGGCAGAUCGCCCUUGUGUCAGCCAGUCUCCAACUCAAUCUUCUCUCCUUCCACUUUCCCCAGUUUCCUUUCUUCGCCUUUCCUCUUUUUGUUCGCUUCAUCCCACCCCAUCGCAACAGAUCGCCAUAG